CUCCCCGGGUCGCGACGAACGCCCAGGCGGCGUCCGUAGCGCCGCGCUUAACGGCCCCUUUCGCGGCGUUUGCAGCGGCUGCCGUAAAGCGGAGCCGCCGUGGCAGCCGGGGCGGGAGAAAAUAAGAUUAUCUACUUAUCUAAAAAGAUGAAAUCAACUGGGUUACUAUCAGAAGACAAUCAAGUGAGCACCAGAGACCAAUGAGCAGAAUCAAUAAGAACGUGAUUUUGUUCCUUUUAAUUUUGACAAGUUCUGCAUUUCUGCUGUUUCAGUUAUAUUACUACAAGAACUAUUUAUCAACAAAGAAUGGAGCUGGCUUAUCAAAAUCCAAAGGAAGCAGAAUUGGAUUUGAUAGCACACAAUGGCGUGCAGUUAAAAAAUUUAUUAUGGUAACAUCCAGCCAAAAUGUACCAAUAUUUCUUAUUGAUCCUUUGAUUUUGGAAUUGAUUAAUAAAAACUUUGAACAUGUAAAAAACUCUUCUCAUGACUCCACUUCAGAAUGCAAGUUUUUCUGUGGUCCAAGGGACUUUACUGCAUUUGCACUUCAGUAUCACCUAUGGAAGAAUGAGGAAAGUUGGUUUCAGAUAGCUGAAAAUAUGGGGUUCCAAUGCCUAAAGAUUGAGAGCAAAGAUCCUCGUUUAGAUGGAAUAGAUUCACUUUCUGGAACAGAGAUUCCCCUACACUACAUCUGCAGAUUGGCCACUCAUGCCAUCCACUUGGUGGUGUUUCAUGAGAGGAGUGGCAACUACCUCUGGCAUGGCCAUCUACGACUCAAAGGGCACAUUGAUAGGAAAUUUGUUCCUUUUCGAAAGUUACAGUUUGGUCGCUUCCCUGGAGCUUUUGAUAGGCCAAUAUUACAGCCACUAACUGUUGAUGGUCUAGAAGUUCUCGUCCCAAAAGAUUCAAUGCGCUUUCUAGAAGAAAUACCACACUCUAGGUUUAUUGAGUGCAGGUAUAAAGAAGCUCGAGCAUUCUUUCAGCAGUACCUUGAUGAUAAUACUGUGGAAGCUAUGGCCUUUAGGAAGAGUGCUAAGGAAUUGUUACAACUAGCAGCCAAAACUUUAAACAACUUGGGAGUACAGUUUUGGCUGAGCAGUGGAACUUGUUUAGGGUGGUAUCGACAAUGCAACAUUAUUCCUUAUAGUAAAGAUGUUGACUUAGGAAUUUUUAUACAAGAUUACAAAUCUGAUAUUAUUUCAGCAUUUCAGAAUGCAGGACUUCCACUCAAACAUAAAUUUGGGAAGGUGGAAGAUAGCUUGGAACUCUCUUUCCUGGGAAAAGAUGAUAUAAAACUUGAUGUUUUUUUCUUCUAUGAAGAAUCUGACCAUAUAUGGAAUGGAGGCACUCAAGCCAAAACAGGAAAAAAAUUUAAAUACUUGUUUCCUAAGUUUACACUAUGCUGGACUGAGUUUUUAGAUAUGAAGGUUCAUGUGCCCUGUGAAACCACUGAAUACAUUGAAGCCAACUAUGGUAAGACCUGGAAGAUUCCUGUGAAGACAUGGGACUGGAAGAAUUCUCCCCCCAAUGUGCAGCCUAAUGGAGUCUGGCCUAUUUCUGACUGGGAUGAGGUUAUCCAGUUAUAUUAAGAUAUUAAAUUGAAAUAAUAGAAUGAAUUUUCCUCCUGGGAGAUAGAUAACUUUAUGAAAAAGAUUUUGAGUCUAUCUUUUUUAAAACAUGGAAAAAAUAAA